GAAAGCCUCGGGAAAAAAGACGGCAGGUCGAGGGUGUACAAUAAAGUGAAAAUGAGACGCUACAAAGCCAACGCCAGGGAGAGGAACAGAAUGCACGGUUUGAAUGCGGCCCUGGACACGUUAAGGAGAUGCAUGCCGGUACAGAUAACCCACUCAGAUAUGAAUUCGGCACCGCAAAAGUUAUCCAAAAUAGAGACGCUUCGGCUGGCCAGGAAUUACAUCUCGGCGAUGAGCCAGACUCUCCAAGAAGGUCGCCCGAUGGAUAUAGCGAGAUUUAUCGAUAUCCUCAGCAUCGAAUUGAGUCAAACAACGGCCACGUUACUGAGCAACGCGCUACUCGGAUCGGGCAUCGAGUACUGCACCAGGAAGUCGUACGCGAACGCGCCGCACUGUUCGUACGAGAAUUACAGGAACGAGAACUAUUAUCAAAUUAAUGAAUCUUUGAACGAUUUCUGUUGCGCCGCCGGAGGCGGUUGUUGCCGAUUCGGUUACGGCUAUAGAAAUAUGACCGCGUGGGAUCAUAAAAAUUGCAAAUUUGACAAUUACUUCGGCGUGGAAAACAACUACUUUUACGGCUGUUAA